GUUUGCUCUACCAUACCGACAGCAGACAUGGAAUCACUGCUGUCAUCCAGACGAUGGAAGAAUCUAGCCACAAUCAACAGUGUUUUCUUUUAAACGAAGCGUAGAAUCAAACGAAUAUUCGCAUAGAAUAUGACCAACGUUACGGUCGUGUUCGAGUACGAGGAGCCAGAGUACUGUCGGCUCUGCUUCUCCGAAGCCACCAAAAAUAAUGAGCUGUGUACUAUCAAAGAGGCCUGCACCAGGGACGAGGAUGACAUCAUUGAAAUAAUCCGUGGGUUGUUGCAGAUUGAGCUGGAUCCUGGAAGUGACGCUAACUGCUUUAUAUGUUCUACCUGCGUGGAAAGUUUGGAUGAAUUUUACCGUUAUCGAACGCUGUGCCGACAGAACAAUGUUAUCCUAAAAAAGGAGGCCAUCGAGCGACAGCAGAAACAAAUAGAGCUGGCCAAGUGUGCGAUCGAAAAUACUAACGUACUCGAUCAAGUGAACGAUGGCGAACCGAUCAAGGUGAUAAUCCGGAUGAAUGCCGAAGGAAAACCAUCGGUUCGGUUGCAAGUGAAGUCAAAACAACCAAUUGAUACCUCGGCCUCCACCAAUAACGCUGCCGUUGCCACAACCAGCACCAGUAGCGCAACAAACAUUCCAACAGCACCCGAAAAGACAACAACGACCAAGGAACCUAGCAAACUCAUUCGGUUACCGAACCAAAACUUCUACUUCUAUAAGACCCCCGCUUCCAACUAUGGCUUGAUUUACGGUGGCUACCGGUUUUGUGGAUCCGUUCCACGGAAAAGCCAAACCUACUGGGUUUGUGAGCAACGCCAAAGUCACAACUGCAUGACGCUUAUCUUCGUGGAUAGGUCUUACAGUACGUUCUUUUUGAACCAGGGCCAUAACCACGAGCCGCCCAAGGUUCGAUCGAAUUUAGUCAUUUUCAAAGCUAAUGAUGUCUUGCAUGAUGUUAUCCAGAAGGAAAGGGCACGGGAGCAACGAUUGGCCGAGAAUAGGAAACCACAGAAGAAAAUCAUCCGAUACAUUAAAGCGCCCGCUUCAGAGGUUCUAAUAAAGGACGAGAUAUCCGUUUAUGGAGAUGAUGAAUCGCGGGAUACUAUAUCGGAAAUUAUAGACGGUAAUUCGGAUGACGGAAUGGUAUCGCAAAUCAAAGAGGAAGACGACUGCACGAGUGAGGAGGACUCACAGUCCUCAACUUCUGGUUCUCAGGUGGAGGUGGAUGGCGGAGAUAACAUGUACAUUAUACAAGAGCUAGCUUAGUGUGAACAAGCUCAAUUGAAUAGAAUUCAAUGAACAUGGUAUUAUUUAUGACGAUGAAUAACAGCUUUAUUUGUUUGAGAUGUUAA